AUGGCAUCGGACCCCACUCGCCCGGCGAGCGUCACGUCGCUGACGUCCCAAGAUGUACGAUCUGAUCCCAUCCUCUCCUCCUUGGCUCGGAAACAAGCGCCUCCGACGGCUUUCAAAGCACGACCUGCACCACCACGACAGGACAAUGUCGGGCCACGCAUGACCAAAUCGGCCACCUUGCGGCAAGGACUCAAGCCGGUUGCUCCAACGUCGUCAAGUGAGGAGAGAAAGGAGGUUGAUUUCAAGUCGACACCUGGGCACAAGCGAGAGGGACUGGGCAUAACUGUUGCCGCACUGUCCAAACCGUCCAUUGCCCCGAGAGAGACCAAAGCGUCAAAACUGAGGACGGGGGGCACGGUUGAAACGUCUGCCAAGAAGGAUAUGGCAGCGGCAGCUGCUGCUAGCAAGGCAAGAGAGAGGGAAGAGCAGGCAAAGCGGAGGGCCAGUAUUGCCGUUCCAGCGAGUCUCAGUGCACCCCAUAUUAUACCCCGAACGAAUCGUUCGUCCAUGCUCAGGACUGGGGUGGAGGGGCCGCUGGUGGCGACAAAGUCGGCGACGAAUAUCAAGGAGGAUAGGGUCAAGGCAGCGUACGAGGAGAAGGUGAACCGGAGGGCCAGCGUCGUCAAGAGCUUGGGCGCGCCGACCAUUGUGCCGAGGGCCAACAAGUCGUCCAUGCUGAGGGCCCCGAGGGGUGGUGAGGUGCCGCCAAAGUGA